UUUUUUGCGGUAAGGUCCCUGAAAUCUUGUGAUUUCGCAUUUUAGUUGCCUCUCUCCCAAAUCCCAAUCCCGACGGCAAGCAGAAGUGCAGAACCCUCGCCGCCGCCGCCGCCGCCGCCGCCACCGACUACCCAUCGACGCUGCUUAAUUGGCCGAUAUGGUUAUCCCUCCUCCAGCUAGGGCUCCUGCAAUCACCAAGUUCCUGAAGCCCUAUGUUCUCAAGAUGCAUUUCACAAACAACUUUGUGAGCGCCCAGGUCAUCCACACCCCAUCUGCCACGGUUGCAUGCUCGGCGAGUUCACAGGAGAAGCUUCUUAGGCCAAGCAUGGAGUCCACACGUGAUGUCGCCGCGGCGGCGAAGAUCGGGAAGCUGCUUGGCGAGCGCCUGCUGUUCAGAGGCAUUCCUGCGGUGUCGGUCUCCAUGUCAAGGGACCAGACGUACCAUGGCAAGGUCAGGGCCGUCAUGGAUUCUCUUAGAGCCGCCGGUGUGAAGUUGCUGUGAUGGAAGCCGACCAUUUGUAGCAUCUCUGCUUGCAGUUUCUGACAUGUAAAUAUGUUUUGUUGGGUACGUACUGCCGUCCUCUGAAAUUUCAUUUUAGCUUGCAUAAUGUCGUCCACUGAAGACUUGGUGAAUCUGAACUAAGGAGCUGUUUGGUUGGGUUUUUUUUGGCCGGGAUCUGUUUAAGGUGGAAUCCGAUACUGUUA